GUCCAGUUUCGAUUCUAAGUGUGUGGUUGCCUGAUCGUAGUUUAGUUACAGCUUGUCUAUGCUUUAAGUUCUUUACUUGUUCUAAAUAAUCAGAUUUGCUUACAUCCGUUUUAAAUAUAGAGUAGAAACUUUACUUUUUAUUGGUGUGAAUUAACUCCAGUUGGUGUCUUUAAAUUGUUUGAGAUGUGAUAUUUUAUUUUUUGUAAAUUAUUUUCAGUUUUUGGUAUAUGAUUGUUUUGGAUUGUUUUGUCAUGCGGUUGGUUUCGAAUGUCAAUAUAAUUAUGAAUGAUUUCAUCAACUGUCGACAUAAAAGAGGGUUUUGAUACAAGCGUGUCUAUAAUAAAUCCGUUUCAAUCGGGCCAAUUCAUGCAAAAAAAUUGGUUCUUACCAUUUACUAUUUUUUCCACCCCCUCCCCCCACAUAAGUAAAAAUAACGGGAAGACGAACCUUUUGUCAAAAUGGGACUUAAUGAUCCAUUAGUGUGCAAACUUCAGGUGUUUUUCCCGGAAAUCUCCCGGAAAAUUUCCGGUUGUUUUCGUCACGCAACGUCCCGUAAUAAUCGACAGCUGAGCGAGGCCCGACAACCAUAUGCCCACGGAGGCCGACUGAAUGCUUUCUUGAGAAAGCAUUGGCACCCGUUUCGCAAUUCUUUGGCACGCUUGUUAUUAUUAUUUGUACCUCUCUAUAUCGUGUUCUAUACAUACAGGCGAUCCGGCAGGUGUCCAGCUCCACAUGUGCUGUUAAAAAAGUGAAAGAUGAAUUUGAUUAAUUAUUUUAGGUUAGAUCAAAGAUUAUGUUUCAAGUUUGUUAGAGCACAAGCUGUGCUUGGCGGAGAAAUAUUUCUUCUUUCCUGUAUCCUUGAAACCAAGAUGCUCGUGAUUUUUGCCACGAAGCUUUAGCGCGAGCGACGGCCUCGCGCUUUUUCAAUCCAUUGAUCGCCGUUUCCCAUUGGUCGGCUGACAAUGACGUGCACUCCAUUGGGACCGGCGGCAGGCUGGACCGGCGGAAAACAUAACAGAAACGGCGCGCGCGUGACGAGAAGUUAUGGCUGGAGGCAAUUUGUUAUGCCUGUCUUACUUCUCCGCUGAUUUUGACGUUUUUUGAGUGUGUACAAUGGCAGGCUCCAGUCUAGAGGAAGGAGUUCAAAAGCAUCAAAAGGUUUACAGCUUUUUGAAGCGUGUACUGCCUCAAGAUCGCUACGAAGGAGUGCGUGUGAUCGAACCUUGUGUAGUUGUUGCAGAUGGUUUUAAAAAGAGUUUUCAAUUUGCGGUGCUGGGCGACGAAUUGCUUUAUAUCACGGAGAAUCCGCCUCGAACUUCCAAAGAUAUCAGGUUGAAAGUGGAUUUGGCUUGCGUUACAUCGAUCGAGUUGAUUCAUGAUGUUGCUGAUUUUCUCGGUGGAGAUUUAAAGACAAAGAACCAACAUAUUCUGCUUGUUUAUAAAAAGAUAAGUAAACAAACAUCAUCAAGCCAAUCCGUGACCAUUCCCAGGAGUGAAAACAGCUCAUCCACAAGGUUAGCUCUACAGGCAUCCAUCCUCAGUACAUCUCCAGUUGUAAGUCUUGAGGCCAUUGAACGAGGUGGUGGCAAAUCACCAGUUCUUCAUCCUAAAGCAUCAAUGGCUAGGGUUGAGAGUCAGCCUGCUACAACACGAUAUCUAGCGGUGCAAACGAACAGGCUUCACUUAAGUGCAUCAGAUCCCGAUCUUCGAAAUCUUAAGGAUGACCAUAGACAAUUGUAUUCAGGAUCGACGGGUGACAUGAAAGCAAACCUUAGUUCUCCAGUCAGCAGACGCCCUCUUCCACCUCCACCACCUGGGCAUGAAUCUCCAGUUACUCAGUCUAAUUCAAAAACAAGACUUAGGGCUGCAAGCCUUGACCAGGCACGUCGAAGAAAGAAGCCAUCAUCUCCACGACCAAAGAGGCAGAACAGUAACAAUGAGCAACGUGACUUGAACUGGAGCUCCAGUAGUAGUGAACUGGAGUUUUCAAAUAGUUUUCAGAGGCAAAGAUCUGCUGAUUUUUCUGGUCCGUAUAGGGCACCAUCACCUCGCAGAGAUCAUUACCGAAGUGACAGUAACGGGUCAAUGGAGAGUCUUGGAGAGUUGGACAAUUAUUCUGAUGAAGAAAUGAAUGACUCUGUGACCAAAAGAUUUGAAUUAACAGAACUUAAUUUAUACAUCCUCGCUGAAAAUUCACCAAUGUUUAUUUAUCUUAGAAGCACUUGGAAUAACUGCAUUUUGAAAUCUACUCUUCAUUUUGGAAAAAGGAGCUCAUCACCUACUUCACCCACAGGUUCUAACAAAGUCGACAACUCACAGUUAUUGCACUUGUUUAACCAGUUGAAGCAAGAAAUCUUACAAUCUCACAUCAUGGAAAAGAGCUUUGUUUUAAUUCAGGAACUUUUUACAGCAGCAGAAAAGAGCUUUAAUUUAAAGAAAUAUUUCUGGAAGUCCCCAGAUCUCUUCCUGUUCAUGGUUGGUCAACUUCAGCGAUAUAUGCCUCAGUCAUCCAACCGUUCAUCUCGAAAGAAAGGAAGCAACAGAGAAGAUGAACUAGACUAUGUUGUCGUACUAUUACAGACAUUUGUAUGCCUGUUUCGUGAGACUGACAUUUUAUCUACACAAUUGACGGUCAUCAAAGCAAACAAGGGGCAGGCAAUCAAGGACCUUCUGAGGACCACAGUGAUUCAUCCCUUAACCACAGCACAGAAAGCUGCUGCAGCCACUAUCUCCCCUGCAGCACAGCUCUUGUUGUCAGGGGCUGACAGAGGCAUGUUCAUUGUUGGUGGUGGGGAUGAAGAGACUGAUAAAUUAUUGAAAGAAAUUUUGGACAGUGCUACAUCCCUUUUGUUUGAACUGAUUUGUGUUGUCCAUCAGGCCAAUUGCUUCUCAGUGGAGGAUAAUGUUCUAAACAUUUUUUGGCUGAUGAAGAUCGUGGAAUCUCAAGAACAAACAAAAGCUUUCGUGGAGCGAGUCAUGGAGCGGUUGACUUCUUUAGUGUCCUCUUCUGGUAAAUAUCUCUCUCCAGCCGAUGCUGUUCUUCUUUACCGCCAGCUCUACGUGCUCAAGAAUUUCCUGGAGUAUGGCACAGUGGUAGCUAAUCAGAUCCGAGUUGGAUAUGCUGAAGAAUUCAGAUAUUACAUUAGAAAGCCAAUUGUGAAAAAGAAACUGUCAUCAGAGUUUCCUCUCACAAGCCCCACCAUAGAACUCCUGGAGAAAGUUACAGAUUAUGUGUUAAACAAGACAAUAACACAGCAACCAUCAUUUAGAUAGCAUCUGCAGAUACUUGUAGUCUUCAAUGUAAAAUUGCAAUUAGAUUAUUUACCACAAUGAUAUCACUUUGUAGAAUAACUGUUAUCUGGUAUUAGAUGCUUGGGCAUUUAUUUGAAACUCACCUUUGCUUUGGCUUUGAAUUAUGUAACUGGACUCGCUUGUACACUUUCUCCUGCAUUUUGUGCCCUGAAUUGUAGACCUGUUGAGCUCUUUUCAAUUGAGUAUCAAAAACCCAAAACCAAAUUGAUUACAGCCGAUCACCUUUAGGAACGGCAUCAAGUGCAGGGAAAAGUGUAUGAACGAAUCACAAUUAAAUUGAUUUUGAUUUUUCUUCUGAUUGGAUGAGAGAGUUUCGUGAGAUUUUAAAACCAAUCAAAAAGUCUCUGUUGUGGCAGUGCAAAACUAAAGCAAAUGAGAAUUAAGUUUGAUGCUCAAGUGAUUAAGUGAAAAGCACUCUCGCUGUUAUUUAAAGCUUUUCUACUGAAAUAUGUCUGUAGCUUUUUAGUAAGUUAUUUUCUACAGCUAGGUUAAAAUAUUUAUGACAUAUUUAACAAAUUUUCAUCUCAAUACUGUGGAGCAGGCAUAAUUUAAUGAAAUAAAUAUUUGUGAAAUGUCUUCACUUAAAACAAGAGUAUUUAAAUUUUUUAGAUCUCCUACAGGAUGCAUUAUUUGCAUUUAAUAAAAGAUAUUUUGAACAACA